UUUUUUUGAUACACAAGCACAUGCGAAGGACAAUGUGGUGUUCAGAAUGCAAGCUAAAACAAGUUGUUGAUAGUUUGUGGGUUUCGGGUCCGGAUCCAUACCCGACCCGCCUUGUAGCCCGUUUUGGGCUCUACUUAAGUCUUGUAACCCUAAUCCUUAAGUGAAUGAUAAUCUUAAGAGAGAGAGAGUCUGGCUGCUAGUGGGCACCAACUCCUCCUCAUUCGUGGUUUUUUCUCCCUCGUGUUGAGGGUUUUCCACGUUACAUCGUGAUCAUUGUUGCUCUUCGUCUCCUUCUUGUUCGUAUUUCUACAUGGUAUCAGAGCCGUGAAGUUCCGGCGUUUCUGGUUUGUCUUUUGCCCGUGUUGGAGGAGGAUUCGCCUGGCACUGUUCAUUGACUCGCCUGGCACUGUUCAUCGUCUCGCCCGGCCCUGUUCAUCGCCCGUGCCCGACGCUCGUGUCCGAGCUUCGCCCGACGCCCUUGCCCGACGCCAGUGCCCAGCACCGCCCUGAGCUUCGUCUGUCGCCCCGCCGCCGUCUCCGCCCAGCGCCGCCCAUGAUCAGCGCCGCUCAGGAUUCCGCCGUCUCCGCCUAGCGACGACCGGCCCAGCGACGCUCUGCCCAGCGGCUUUCCUCUCUGUCAUCCGGCGCAUCGUCCACCGCCGUGUCUUUUUCCGGCGGUCUGCUUCCGCCGGUGCGCCGCUCUGCCUGGUUCCGGCGGUCUGUUUCCGCCCAGCGCCGCGCCGUUCUGCCUGAGCGGCUGCCUCUCUGUUGUCUGCUCAGUCGCUUCCGCCCAGCGUCGGCCUGCCCAGCGACCCUCUGUCCAGCAGCGUUCUGCUUCGUUUUGUCCGUUGCCUGCUCUCUGCCUUGUUUUUGGUGUUGUAUUGUGCUGUUGCUCCCUGCUGCCCUUGCUGCCUACUGGGCUUCACCCGUAGCUAGACUGGUCUGUGAUUAUGGCAGCCUCUUCCUCGUCAACCGUCAACACCAAUCCCACUGAAAUAGGGGCUUUUAGAACUGAGAAUGUUCCCAUGCAGGUCAUCACUCUUCGCCUCACCAAGGCUAAUUAUUUCUCGUGGUCGCCUGCUAUGACCAUGGGGAUUGCUGGCCGUGGUCGCAUGGCCUAUAUUGAUGGGAGCAACCCUGAACCAGCAAGAACAAGUGAUGUGUGGCAUACUUGGUUUCUUGAGGAUAAUCAAGUGAAAACUUGGAUUGUCAAUUCUGUUUCCGCCGAUAUUCAGCCCCUUAUCCUUCGGAAGAAGACUGCUAGAGACAUGUGGGUGGUCCUCGAGCAAAUGUAUGGCCAAAAGAAGACCGCAAUUCGUACUUACCAAGUAAUGAAGACAGUCUAUGGCAUUCGACAAGGGACCUCGUCUGUUGCAGAGUACUAUGGGGCUUUGAAAGCCAAGUGGGAAGAGCUUGACUAUCAUUCUGAUAUUCCUUGGCAUUGUCCCCAUGAUCAGGCGCUCUAUGUUGCUCAUGAAUGGGAAAACAGGGUGUUCCUAUUUUUAGCAGGUUUAAAUGAUGAGUUUGAAGGUGUUCGAAGCCAGAUUUUGAAUUCAGGGGAGGUGUCCAGUAUUGAAGAUGUGUACUCCUGUGUUGAAGCGGAAGAACAGAGAAGGCUUGUUACACAAGAAGGGAAGAGGGAACUUGUGCCCUAUAACGAGAGAUCUGCUCUCGUGAGUCGUGGUCCUGGCGGCCCAUCUAGGUCUCUUCGCCGGUGCACUCACUGCAAGAAGACAGGUCACACUGUGGAUUAUUGCUGGGAUCUUCAUCCAGAAAAGAAGGGGAACAGAGGGAGAUCUUUGACUGGGAGAACGCCUGUGUCUGAGGUGCAAGCCACCUCUAGUGGAGAAAAAGUCUCCAUUUCUGCUGACCAGCUUCGUGAACUAAGGGCUUAUUUGGGCAGGCUCGAUGUCAACAAGACUGAGACCUCAGAGGGAACUACAGCUAAUCAUGCUCUUGCAGUUAUUGGCAAUCAAGGUAACUCUUCUGUGGGGGAAUGGAUUGUCGAUAGUGGUGCUACUCAUCACAUGACAGGACUUGGUGACAGGGAAGAGGAUUGGGAUUGGUUUAGCUUCUGAUGGAUUAUAUCGUCUUCCCAUACGUGUGGCUACUGCUCUGUUGACAGCGAUCCGCAAGACAGAUAAGAGAAGAGAAGAUUGUCUUCAGUCUUUUAUGUACUGGCAUGAACGUUUUGGGCAUUUACCUUUUGGGAUUUUGAAACAUUUGUUUCCAGACUUGUGUUCCUCCUUUGAUGUGUCUUCCAUUUCUUGUGAUGUUUGUCAGUUUGCCAAACAUGUGAGGGCUUCGUACCCUCUUUCUUCUAGUUGUGCUAAUGAAGCUUUUUCCCUGAUUCACUCUGAUGUAUGGGGACCUUCGGGCAUUUAUACCCGUCAAGGUUUCCAGUAUUUUAUCACUUUCAUUGAUGAUUUCUCUCGUGCUACAUUUAUAUACUUGUUUAAAGACCGCAGCGAGGUUCCUCGAAUCAUCGAGACAUUUAUUCUUCUUGUGCAUACCCAGUAUGGUGCGAAUGUUAAAACUUUCAGGUCCGAUAAUGCCCGUGAGUACAUGU